AUGGCGGAGGCCAUGGAAAAUGUGCCCCUUUCCUCAAAAAAGCCAAGAAAUGGCCCAACCAAGCAAACGUCACAAAGUUCAGGUCUCUUUCCCUUUUCUUAUCUCUGCAUCCGCCCUCUUAAUGCCAAGGUCGAAAGUGAGCUCUCUCUAAUUAGGGUGUGGGUCUUUCCCUGCCUUUCACAAGUUAACACUGCCAUUUGGAAGGUAGUUCUAGAAACCAGCCUCUUGAGAGGGUUCAGGGUUUGUCCUACUAACUGUCCCGUGUCCUCCUCACUCACGCACUCAGCCAAGUCAAAGCCCGCGUCCUCGGCAUCCACCUGGACCCGCCUUCUGCCGCAAGCUCUCCUGCUCUCUGCCAGAGAUCAGUGCCGAAAAGUAGGAAUUAGGCAACUCAAAGGACAAAAUGGACAAGACGACACAAGCACCAAAGAAACUGCAGGAAAAGGGAAGAAAAAGCCACGGCCAAAGGCUGCAAACACCACACCCCUGUACCGAGGGCUCGGGUUCGACACUUCUCCGCACAGGCUUAAUCCUCCUCUCUGCAUUGGCCCUCUUCACACCAGAGUCGAAACCACCACCAAGCAGAGCCUGGCCACAGAGCAGCGCUACAGCAGGUGCAUGGACCAGCUGCACAAGGUGCUCCUCAUCUGCUCCGAGACGGACAAGCACGUGGGCUCCUGGCUGCUGAACAACCUGCCCCAGAUCUCACCCUCUCCUGCUACCGGAGUAGCCUGCUCACCACUGAGACCAAGACCAGCCCCCAGCUGCCCUGGCAGCCACUGACCCUAAUGUGGAGAGCCUGAUGUGUGGUGGGGGGAAACAUCCCAGUAUCUCCUCUGUAGGGUCAGGACGUACUGUUACAAAUUGCUCCCUGUCCCAAUUUCCUAAUGGUUGCAGUUACAGGACAUAGCAAUUUUUUUGCUGUCCUGAUGCAAUUCACCAGCCCUGGGUCUGGGAGUAGCGAUUUGUGGCAGAUGGGGUAUGCAUUGUUACAAUGUGCUACUUCUGGGAAAUCUCUAUUUGAAAUUGGCACACUCAUGAAAUGAGUUUUCUAACAAUACAUUUUUCUAAGUUAGAAAACAUUUGUGUUAUUGAGAUCCAAAUUUAAUAUAGAGAUUUCAUGGGGUAGGAAACUGUGACAGGGCAUAAACCAUCUGUCACAAAUUGCUACUUCAGGACCAGGGCUGAGGUAACCAAGGAAAUCAGGCAGCAUUCAAGUGAUAUGAUCACAAAUAAUAGCCUGACAUUAAAAAUAAGAAACAAGAGUAUUAAAACCUGUAAUUUACUAUGUCACAGUAAAAACAUAG